AUGAAGUUCAACUCCGUUGCGCUGUCCCUGGCCUCGGCGGGUUCCCUGGUGGCCGCCCACGGUCACCACGGCCACGCCCACUUCCACAAGCGUGCUGUCGAGACUGAGGUUGAGACUGCCGUUGCCACUGGCCCUGUCGCUUACCAGUUCGUUGUCAUGAAUGAGCAGACCGGUGAGCCCGAGAAGAUCAGCCUUGCGGCCGCUUGCGAGGGUCUCGCGGACCACGAGCUGGAGUGGCUCGGUGAUGCUGUUUCCGCAGCCUGCGCGACUAGCACCUCCGUCAGCACCUCCGCUCCCACUCCUACUUCGACCUCGACCUCGACUCCGACCCCCACCUCGACCUACACUCCCGAGGUGCUUGUCCAGACCUCCGCGGUCAUCUCUAGCUCGUCUUCCAGUUCGUCCUCCAGCUCUACUUCCAGCUUCAGCUCCAGCACCAGUAGCAUCGUGAUCUCCAGCUCUUCCAGCUCCUCCGCCGUUGCUGCUACCACCUCCAGCGCCAGCUCUGGUGCCACUGGAAUCACCGCUGAAUUCCCCGAUGGAGAGAUCGACUGCUCCGAGUUCCCCUCCGCUUACGGUGCCGUUGCUCUCGACUACCUCGGCAUCGGUGGUUGGUCCGGUAUCCAGUAUCUCACUCUUGUUGACGAGAUUAUCAGUGAUAUUGUCACCGCGGUUAGCGGCGACAGCUGCACUAGCGGAGCCGUGUGCUCCUACGCUUGCCCUGCCGGUUACCAAAAGAACCAGUGGCCAUCGACCCAAGGCUCCACCGGUCAGUCCAUUGGUGGUCUUAAGUGUACCAAUGGCAAGCUGUAUCUCACCAACACUGAGUUGGGCAAGACUCUUUGCAUCGAGGGUACUGGUGGUGUUCAGGUUCGCAACGAGCUGGGCGAGGAUGUUGCUAUUUGCCGUACCGACUACCCCGGUACUGAGUCCGAGACUAUCCCUCUGGCUGCCACCUCCGGUAAUACUCACGACCUGACCUGCCCCAACAGCGCUACCUACUUCAAGUGGGAGGGCAAGUCCACCUCUGCUCAGUACUACGUGAACAACAAGGGUGUUUCAACUGAGGAUGGUUGCCAGUGGGGCAGCAGCUCUGAGAACAUGGGCAACUGGGCCCCCAUGAACUUCGGUGUUGGCUACACUGAUGGCACCACUUACCUGUCUAUGUUCAAGAACGAGCCUACCACCGAUGCUGACCUUGACUUCAAGGUCAAGAUUGUUGGUGACAACCUGAGUGAUGAGUGCCGCUACGACGGUGCUGGAAACUUCUACAACAGCGAUGGCUUGAUCGACAGCUCCACCAACGGUUGCACUGUCGGCUUCUCCUCCGGCAGCGCCUACUACGUUCUGUACGAGUAA